AUGGAAACGGAGAGGGGUUGGGGGCGGAGCUGGAGAAUGGAACCGGAGUCUUCCAUUUACCUAGGAGACCUGGUUGCUCAAAACAUUCAGAAGCUUCUACCCACAGAAGCCCCGACUCCUCACCAAUCCCUCUUGUGCCACAGAGGACAGGUCUCCCCCAGCUGUUCCCCCACAUUCUCAACAGCCCUAUACUGCCCUGUCUGGGCUCCCUCUGGCCCCGCCAGGAGAAGAAGACGAUGGCCUACGAAAUAUCAGCUGACAUCCUUGACAUCGCCACAUCGAUGUUCAAGUACCCAUGGCUGGAGUACCCAGAGAGGACCAAAGAUGCCAAAGGAGGAGUUUCCCCCUAGCCCAGAGUGCUGGAGGCAGCACCCAAGCAAGCCACUUUCAGUGCCUUACUGCUACUUCAAGAAGCCUGAGGUCUACACACACUGGCACACCCUAUAUGAUAAGCGACAAAAACGGGAGGCCGAGAAGAUGCUGCGGAAAAUGAGAGAUCACCCUAGGCAACUCAAAGAGGGCACCCCCAUCCAAAAAUUCCAUCUCCCUAUGAGCAAGCUGACUAUACAAUCUCAGAUGGGAUCCAAGCCCUCAGACCCUGCUGGGGACCCCCUGAAGUGGCAAAGAUUAAAGGUCAGGGACCAUGGUGGGAGAGAGAAUGGGGAGACUCCCUUUGUGGGUGUCCUUACCUUGGGCUCACAUUAUCCUUCAGCCCUCAGUCCCUGCCUGCAAAAUGGAGGGAGGAAAGGAAAAGGGACUGGAUUGGAUGAGCACCUGUUUGAAGUUCUACAACUAUAUUUAUCCCUUUCUUCCUUUCCACUGGCUCCCUUGGAUGGGCAGGAACUCACAAAAAGCCUGGAAUCUCCCAGAGAGCCUGAGCAAUUCUAUGCAGCACAGGCUCUGGGGUGCCUGGGCGUCAGUGAGCAGUUUGUCAUGGAAGCACUAUGGCAGGUGGCCCAAACCGGUUCAGAGAAAGUGAAGUCUGAGGCCUGUCGAAGCCUGGCCCUCCUGGGUUGCCUGAAUAAGCACGUGAUCCAGGUUCUCAUCACACAGUUGAAGGGGCAAAAUGAGGAGGAAAGGAUGGAUUCUCUGACACGGCUACGAGUGGCUCUCAACUCCCAGGCUGCUGUCCCCAAAGACAAGGUGACUGGGAGGAGAGUCAGUAACUGGGGAAAGAGAACUCAAGUCGGGGAUGAAGAGAAGUUGGUGCCUGUUCUGCAGAUGCUGAUAAAGAAGUCAUCGAAUGAAGCAGCUGUGGAGGCAGCCUUGUGCUUGGGUUUCCUGAGGCCCUGCAGCAAAAUAGCCCAAGAGUUCUUGCUGCAAUGCCUAAGCCAAGGGUCCAAAACCCAGCGGAUGAAGGCACUUAGGAUGCUGGUCAAGAUGAUGCAUGUACACUCAGCCACAGUCAUCAGGGCCAUCCUAGACCAGCUGUGCUCUUCUAGUGUCCUGGAGCACCGCUUUGAAGCCACCCAGAUGCUCAAGACCAUUGGACUGGAAAAGAUCCAGGCACAAGGGCUGGAGGGAUUCACAUUUGACCUGCUCUGGAGGAAGACUUACAAUGAACCUUUCCUUGCUAUGAGGCAGGCUGUGGCUGAAACUGUGGAAGAGCUGAAGAUGAAGCCUACGAUGAUGAACCUGGUGGAGGCGCAACUAAUGAACUCAAAUGCCACUGCGCGCCAGGAAGCAGUCAUCUCUUUGGGCGUCCUGGGGAUCCACAGCCCACAAGUGUUCCACUUGCUGUUGGACAUGCUAGAUGCGGAAAAGAGCCAGGCUGUGAAGAACAGUCUACAAGAAACAUUAACUCUCCUGGCCUCAACUGAUCCUUGGAUCCAAAACAAGCUAAAGAACAAGGUUAUCUUUGUAUAUGAAGCACCUAAGACCAAUGAGGAGGCAGAGCCUACAAGGUUCCGGAAAGACCCUGAGAACCCAGAAGAGUUAAAUAUCCAAGACUUUCAACUAGCACAGCUGAACCCCUUGUUUAUUGCAAAGUCCAGAGCCACAUCAGACCAACAGAAAAAGCUGAGUGCCCAGAGAGAGUCUGCCUUCUAUCUCACUUCUACCUUCCCAACAUGUUUCUCUAAACCAAAACACAAGGCACAGGCCACAGGGCCCUGGGUGCCAGGGAUCAGGAAGCAGCUCCAGAUCCUUGCUAAAACCUCUAAAUAGGUCAGUUCUUUGGGCCUAGCCCCCAUUCUCUUCCUGAUGUUACUUCUCAGGUUCCCCUGGGAAAACAACCUAUGCUUAUCUUCCAUGAAUAAAUGAGUGUCACUCUA